GGUCAAAAAAUCUUAGAAAAUAAAUGAAUCACACAAUUGGACCAAAAACGAUCAAAGUUUAUGUAUUACAAUCUUAAUAUUGCCAGGUUGGUUUUCACAGCUGUUUCACAAGGUAAUGUUAUUAGUUGUAAAUUAUCCUUCGAUCGUAGAUAUUUGCUCCACGUUAUUGUUGUAUUCUAGGACCUACAAUAGAUGUUGCAUAGUACACAAUGGUGUACUAAUGAGCUAUGCGAGAUAGAAAAAUAAUAAUUGGGGGACUACUGAAAUUAUAUUAUUUCAGUGUAGAUAAGGGAAGGGUAGGUUAAAAUAAAAACAUGAUAGCCAGACAAGCUAUCAAACGAUUUGGCACAUAAAUGGAGUGGAAAUUAGCUGAUUUCGUGAUCUGUAAAGUAAAUAACUGUUGUCAAGCAGAUUACACGUUCUUUUCCGAAACGUAGCAAUGUUUAAGACCGAACAUGAAAUCGAAUGUUAACAAGGUACCCAAAAGUAGCUCGAAUUAAUGCUUUCAUUUUAUUAGCUUAAAGCUUGUUAAAACAGCGAAAUUGUCGCGGAAAUCAGCCUUGUUGGCAUAGCGACGAUGACAAUGUCAUUUAGGCCUUAAUGAUCAUCACAGCGUUGAUAAAGCAACUGACGAUAAUAUUUGGCAUGACAGGACCAAAUUGAUUUUGUUAAAAUGUUUGAGUCACUCAGAUAGCAUAAGAACAAGGCAAAAGCCCCCCUCCUCCUCAUAUCUCUGGUAGGGGAAACACUGAAGAUAUCCGUGUAGCGAACAUUCGUGUAAACUCGAGAGAUCAGGCGUUUACAAGGCUACUAUUGACCAGAGCCAAAAGGAGUGUCAGUUGGGAUUGGGCCUGUCAAAGAUCAGCCACAGAGAUGUGAUUGGGAGGUCUCGCCAGAGCUGUAGUGAAUGCAGUGCACACUUGAGCCAUCUCGAUCAUGGACACAGAUUUGUUGAUCUGCAUCCAUAAAUUCAGCUUGUCAUGGAUGGAAGCUCAAGUUGUGGAUGGCCAUGUGCAGGCGAUAGUUCACCACAGCCCCCCUCCCCUCCUGAGGCCCUCCUGGUGAAGGUGCAGCCUGUCGUGGAUCAAAGCCCAGUGGACACUUCAACACAGAUAUGGACACGGCCCCUCUCCCCCGAAGACCUCCUAAAUCAGAUGCAGCUGCUCCGCCAAGAGCUUGGCGAGUUGACUGCAUUAAUGCAGCCUGUCGUGGAUCAAAGCCCAGUGGACACUUCAACACAGAUAUGGACACGGCCCCUCUCCCCCGAAGACCUCCUAACACAGAUGCAGCUGCUCCGCCAAGAGGUUGUGGAGCUUAGUGCUUCUAUCAGCCAAGUUCUGGAUGAACCCGAGAUAAGCUAUUUGGACGCACCGACACCACCUCUCCCUAAAGCCGCCUGGGCCUCCAAGGGUGAGCCUCAGAGGGCCCUGAGCCGGUCCUCCAUCUCUAAGAGUGUGGGCAUGUCAUGGCCGUACUCCAUCUACCCUCACUGUGACCUCAUCGGCCAACCAGUUCCUGAGGAGAAGCCUGUGGUAAUGGUUGACAAGGCUUCCUCAACGCCCAAGAAGAUGUCUUUCUGGAGGAGGCUGGUAUGUUGUUUUGGGAAGAGGAACAAGACUAGAUCCACUAAGAACAACAAGGUCAAGAAGAAGACCAAGGCAAAGGGGGAGAAGACCAAGGUCCAGGAGAAGACCAAGGCCAAGAAGAUGUCUUUCUGGAGGAUGCUGGCAUGUUGUUUUGGGAAGAGGAACAAGACUGGAUCCACUAAGAACAACAAGGUCAAGAAGAAGACCAAGGCAAAGGGGGAGAAGACCAAGGUCCAGGAGAAGACCAAGGUGGAGAAGGACACUGCCAUGACCAGGGGAUGUUUCUCCACGUAUUUCAACCUCAUAAAACUGCUCACAAAGUAAUACGACAAACGGGUGAAGAAGUGAACCAGGACUUUUGUCGAAUUGUUUUUCCUAUAGAGUCAGCGGGAAAAACCUGGUUGCCUGAUCCAAAGACAAACACAUCCUAUCCAUCAGGAUAUCCCGAAUGGGAGCGAUCAUAACAUACUUAUCAAGGCUGGGGUGGUUAAUGUUGUUAAUCAUGUUUUCAAUAAAGUUUUCUAAAUGAUC